AGCUCAGUUUGCCAAGCUGCUGCAGGCUACCACUUCAGUUCCAGGUUUUCUUACUUCCAUGGGUAAAACAGUUAAACAGAUGACAGACGACAAAUUUCAGAAUAAUUUUUUUAUUACUAAAGAUUUUAGGUUAGUAUUUUAUUAGUAAAAAUAAUUCAUUGUGUAGUUUUUUAUUUUCAAAAGUAUAUUUAAUUGUGAGUACCGUACCUAUUAAAUUAAAAAGUAAAGGUAAGGUGCCAGAAUGUUCCUCAAAAUGAAAGCUAGCUAGACUAUUAAAUUAUUUUUUGCUCUAAUAAAAAUAUCAGUUCCACAACUAUUCUAUGAUAUUUAUAACUAAAAUAGAAUUACAAUUUUGAAAUUUUACACAUCAUUCACGCUACAAUUCUAUGCCAAAUAAGUGCGUCACAAUCUGUCAGAAAUAUCAUAAAUUGGUGAAAAACAAGGUGGGCCUGUCUGUUUUUGGUGUUGGUGUAUCAAUAAUAUCAAUUUGGCUCAUUGCUCGACCCUCUGUUAUGGCUUGGAGAUCGCAUGGCAGAACCAAUGCAGAACUUGUACGAAAUUUGAAAGUGAAUAAAAUGAUCAAGAGUGAUAAAGUAGAAGACGUUAUGCUGAAAGUUGACAGAGGAAGAUAUGUCAGUCACAAUUCCUAUAUGGACGCCCCACAAGGGAUCGGAUACGGAGUCACUAUAAGUGCUCCACACAUGCAUGCGUUUGCGCUGGAAGUGCUGAAAGAGCGGCUGGUGGAGGGUGAACGGGCUUUGGACGUGGGCUCAGGCUCAGGCUACCUGACUGUUUGCAUGGCGCUCAUGCUGGGAGAGAGUGGCCGGGCGAUUGGCAUCGACCACAUACACGAACUCGUCGACAAAUCAAAGCAGAACGUCAUGCAAGAUCACCCCUCCCUACUCACCAGUCAACGAAUAAAAUUCGUAGUGGGUGAUGGAAGGUUAGGUUAUCCCGAUGAAGCACCUUACAACGCGAUACAUGUUGGAGCGGCAGCAGCCGAUUUACCAGAAGCUUUAAUUAGACAACUGAAACCAGGAGGCCGACUAGUGGUGCCAGUGGGACCGGAAGGCGGAGAACAAAAUCUAGAACAAAUAGACAAGAACGCGGAUGGCACUAUAACAAGGACGCGGCUUAUAGGAGUGGUUUACGUGCCAUUGACUGAUAAGGACCACCAGUGGCCUGCCAGGUUGAAUAAAUCUUGAAGAGGUCCUACUCCAGUAACAUUCCAUCUCUUCAUUUUUAUUACAUUGAAAAUAUUCAUCUCCAAUGUUAGAGCAAUUAUUGUUGUAUUAAUGAUAGGGGAAUUGUUAGAUUUGACUAGGAUGAGGUUGAAAUCCGUAGCUUUGUAAUAUUUACUUUAACUGUUUGGUAUCGAGAGUAAUCAUAGCAUUUUAAUUAAAAGCUUGAAACUUUCACAACCACUUUUCUAUGAAAUAUCGAAAAACUAGUAUCGGUUUUCACAUCAUCAAUAGCAAAAACCAAAUCUUUAACAUUGAAGAUGAUCUACGGAUACAGUCUUAAUAUACCGGGUGCUUCAUUAGUCGGUUUUCCAAGUAAACGUAUUUGCUGAAAGCCGUUAAUAAAUUUUAAAUUAUAGUGUAAUGAGAUUGAAACUGAAUUUACAUUACACAUAGGAUGUAAACUUGAAAAUAAAUGUUUAAUAUGCUUCUCACUAACUUCUCACUAAUGCAUUUUUCACAGCGUUUUUGAACUUGUAGAAACAUAAAUAUACUUACACGGUAAACUGACACAGAUGAAACACUCGCGUUUCAACUGUCUUAGUUUUAGUUCACUAGAGAAUGAUAAAGUAUAACUUGAACUCGUUUCUAUAUAAAUGUUUCAAUAAUAAAAAUAAUAUCGAGUGACCUGGCUGGCUCUGGUCUGGUUUCAGAGUUUUCAGGUCGCAACUGAUCAAUUUCAGGGCCUCUGACAUGACCCAACGACUGCUCUUCAGGCAGGGACCGACGGAUUAACGUGUCCAUCCGAAACACGGGAGUGGCCCGAGAUAAAUAUCUUGCCCUGGCCGGGAUCUGAACAAUAAUUGAGUGUUUAUGAAAAUUCUAGGUCUUUCUAUCCCAUAUUGAAAUUUACCUCAAUAUCUUUCACCACCGCACUGAAAUACAGAUAAAUAAAUGAUAAGUUGAUAUUA